AUGAGGCGGGCCGGGUGUCUGAAGGCUCUUUUCUGUCUCUUCAUCUUCUUCUCCUUGCUCCUGCUCUGGAAUUGGGGGUCCCAAGUCCUGGAAGAGGGACGGCGGUUUUGGCUUUCGGACUUUGCGCCGCCUGGAAGGAAAGGCGUUGAUUUCCCGUCGCUCUUCUCCACGGAUCUUCCAGAACCGAAAUGCCGGACGGAUCUGCUCCUCCUCAUCUUGGUGACCACGCACCCCGGCCAUCGGGACUCCCGGAACGCCAUACGGAAGACGUGGGCCUCUCCAAGCACGGGGACCUCCGGCCGAUGGCGGGCGGUCUUCCUGGUCGGACGCACGUUGGACGUAGAGCUGGACUGGCACAUCCACCAUGAGCAGAAGAUGAACGCCGACAUCCUCAUGGGGGACUACCGGGACUCCUACCGAAACCUGACGCUGAAAGUCAUGCACGGCAUGAAGUGGGCGGUGGAGCGGUGCCGGCCGCGGUACAUCCUGAAAACCGACGACGACUGCUUCGUGAACACGCAUUAUCUUCCGUCCUUCCUCAGGGACCGCCUUCCGGGCACCGCCCACCUCUACGUGGGCGCGGUCUUCCCCGAGCAGAAGAGGGCGUCCAGAAGCGUCUGA